UGCGAUUGUCCAUCUACGACAACGUUACUUCGUUGUGCUUCGUUGUUUCACAUCCAAGCAAAUGUAAUGACAAUUGACAGUUCGGUUUUGUGUCAUUAAGUUUAAGACCAACUCAUUUCGACUAGUUAUCGUUGAACAAUGAAAAUUUAAUAUCUUGCAGCUGUUUAACAAUGUUUUACACUGUUUACUGCAGUGAGUGAUCUUGACAGAAAAGUUAAGUUAUGCACAUCUGAGGAAAGUUAAAAAACCGAGGAUGCUACAUCGGCCCCAUAAUCUUGUAAAGUUUAUUCGAAACGCCACGUAUCGGUCACAUGCCGAUCAUUUAUGCAUAUUUCAAAUUGGUUUAAUUAGAAGACAUGCCAGUAUUUUGAUAGUGCCCAAGUAUGGUACCCGAUACAAAGUACAUGCGGUCUCAAAUUCUCAAAUCUUUGAAUUCUCAGUCUUUGCUAACAGGAAGAUAAGCAAGCAUGGAGAUUGCAGGUGGACUUGCGUGACAAGAUUUUUAUCUGACGAUGAAAAAUUCAAUAAAGAGAAGGCUGAAAUAAAACUAGCUGAGGAAGUUCAGCAGAGAAUUAUAGAGUUAAAUGAAGAGAAGCUAGGUAAAUUAAAAGAGAGAGUAUUGGACAUAGAACCAGUUGUUUUCCAGAAGGAUGAGAUAGAAAAAGGACAUGCAGCAAAGUUUGUUGAGAAACAGUCUGCAGAGUCCAAAGAAUCAUUGAAAGAUGAUGUUGCAUCGAAAAAGGCUAAAAAGAAAGUCAGAGUUGAUAAGUCAACAUCUUCCUUGGAACGUAACUUUAUUACACCAGUGAGGGCUAUGGCAGACUUUUUGUUAAAACCUUCUGAUCUGGAGACUUUGCCAAAGACAAAAAGACGUUCCCCAUAUGAAUUUGAACCACCUAUCACAGUAUAUUGGAGGAAAGAUGUUGAGGCUAAAGCUUUAGAAGUUUGGGGAUCCAAAGAGGCUUUGCUAAAGGAACUUUUGAAGAAGGAAGUUGAACGGAAAAUUUAUCAGCAAAAUGUUUUUACGGUCAAACGGAGAUUGAGAGAUUACAGGCGGGAAAUUGGCAGCAAAACGGAAAUAAUUCAAAAGGAAGGUCUUUUCGGAAGAUCUGGUAAAGUGGUAUUGACUGCAAUUGCUAUAAAUGCUAGUAAUUUCUUGUGCAAGUUAAUCGCUUGGUUAUAUACUGGUUCGCACAGCAUGUUUUCCGAGUGUGUACAUUCUGCAGCGGAUACUUGUAAUCAACUGAUUUUAGCAUAUGGUAUUCACAAAUCAGUGCAGAAUCCUAAUCCUGAUCACCCAUAUGGUUACACAAACAUGAAGUACGUUUCCUCGUUGAUAUCAGGCGUGGGGAUCUUUUGUGUUGGUACGGGUCUUUCCAUUUAUCACGGAAUUCACGGUCUUCUUUUUCCCGCGCCAUUAGAUUCUCUAUUUUGGGCGUACUUCGUCUUGGGUGGAUCUUUGCUAUCCGAAGGAGCAACUUUAAUGAUAGCAUUGCACUCUAUAAAAAGAGGCGCGGAGGAAAAAAAGGAAAGUCUUAAACAGUUUGUUCUAGAAGGACAAGAUCCGUCUGUGAACGUCGUACUCAUGGAAGACUUUGCAGCUGUGCUUGGAGUCAUUGUUGCAGCUGGAUGUAUGGGCUUGACUUCGUAUUUUGAAAAUCCGAUGUUUGACGCUUUUGGUUCGCUUCUGGUUGGCGGUUUGCUCGGUGGAGUGGCAUCCUUUAUAAUCUACUCGAACGUCGCUGCACUUAUAGGAAGGAGCAUAUCGCAAGAGAAUCUCGAUAAAAUCAAUGCUGAAUUGGAAGCAGAUAUAAUGGUUCGCGCAAUUCAUGAUGUGAAAGGCAUUGACAUGGGUAAUAAUUUAGUGAGAUAUAAAGCCGAACUGGAUUUUGACGGGCGAGAACUUACAAGAUCUUACCUAGAUAAGCACGAUCUUAUUGCAAUGCUAGAGGAAGUGAAGAAUAUGCAAAAUAUCGAUGAAUUAGAGGCAUUUUUAUUGAAACACGGCGAAAAUAUCGUAGACAUGCUUGGUGGAGAAAUUGAUAGAAUAGAAUUAAAAUUAAAGAAAAGCCAUCCAGAAAUACGGCAUUGUGAUUUAGAAAUUUUAUGAAGACUCAUUGAUAUAGUCCUUUAAGUUGAAUUUAAAUAAAACUGGAUGUAAAUUAUUAUUUUAAUAACAUAAAGAAUUAUUUUAAUAUAAUUAUUUAAACAGAUGAUUAUAUCAUAGGGUACAUAUUGUGUUUUUAGUAUUUAGUAUCAGAGAGAAAGAGAAGAAAUUCAAUUUUUGUAAAGAUUCUAUGUAUGUUGUACAGAUACUGUAGAAAAUGCUAUUCAGUGUAAUAAAUCAACAGAAAUUUUUCUUAUA